GCAUAUGCAGCUUGGUUCAGCAGAUUCAAUUUUAAGCGCAGUGAAAUCAGAUGCUGCCGAGGUAGCCCAUGACCGUUAAAGCGCAGUUACUGAUAGAUGCAAUUGCCAUCGAGUUACUCACCGACAGUCCAAUCUACAUUUGCAAAUGCUUGACACAGCGGUAUUGACAAAACGAGUCGUGAUGACCAUGAAGAUGGCGCAUUUUACUGUAUAUCGCAGUUUUCUGAAUUGUUCUUGCACCCCAAGACCAGUUUGGACCGGCGGACAAUAUCACGACUGCUAAUUAUCAUCUAACGACUCAACUCUACCGCCGGGAGUGGGACCCGAUAUCCGAUUUGGUAGCUGAGCCAUAGGCUAAUGACUACCUGGGAAAUAAAUAAAUAAACCGUAAAAAAAACUAUUCCCGUUCCUAUCGAGAUGCUGCUGCAAUAAUAGCGUUCAGAGAUUAGAUUACCGUGUGUGUUGGGUAGGUGGACACAGAGACUGCAUCAGUGUGUGACUAGGAGACGGCGAGCAGAGCAGACCCGGGAGAUAAAGAAAUCGCGGGUUAAGACAUUUGUGGUCCUUUUUAUGUUAUAGAUUUCUAUGGAGUUUAUCCCGUUCGUAUCGAAGGAGUCUGGGAUAUUCUUAUAGAUUUCAUUUAGCUACAUUAUCCCACGAUAUCGACAGAAUGAGGCUUGGUCUCCUAGUGGGAAAAUAACAAAAAAAUCCAAAAUGUGGAUACCAACAGAAGAUGAAAAAAUCGGAGUUGUGAUCUGCAACUUCCGGAGCUCAGUAUGUCAGGCCCUGGUUCUGGAGAUAGGAGAGACUGUGCAGAUCCUGGAGAAGACUGAAGGCUGGUACAGAGGGUUUUCCACCAAGAAGCCUUCCAUCAAGGGUAUAUUCCCAGCCAGCUAUGUCCACCUGAAGAAAUCCACAGUCAGCAACAGAGGGGUGUGUGAGACGGUGGUGCCUCUGGAAGAUCCUAUCAUCACUGAGACCACCUCCACCCUGCAGGAAUGGGGCGUGCUGUGGAAGCAACUCUACGUGAAGCACAAGGUGGACCUGUUCCACAAACUGCGUCAUGUGAUGAAUGAGCUCAUCGACCUGCGCCGGCAGCUCAUCCAGGGUCACCUGGCCCAAGACCAGACCAGAGAGAUCAAACGCCACAUCACUGUGCGCCUGGACUGGGGCAACGAGCACCUUGGCUUGGACCUUGUUCCUAGAAAGGAGUUUGAAAUGGUGGAUCAGGAUCAUAUCAGUGUAUCUGAACUCUACAAAUUGCAUGCAUCCAGCCGACACAGUGGCCAGCCAAGCACAAACCAGGGCGACAACAUGCGUCAGCGUCAUGGAGAUGGUUGCCAUGUUCCGGUGCAGCACCACCUCUUCAUCAACUUGAAGAGCUUCACCUAUAACACCAUCAGCGAGGACGCAGAUGUCUUCUUCUCCCUCUACGACACCCGCGAUAACAAACAGAUCAGUGAGAAGUUUAUGGUGAGACUAAACAAAAAUGGAGGGCCAAAGAACCCAGAGAAAGUGGACCGUCUGUGUGCUCUCUUCACGGAUCUGAGCAGUAAGGACUUGAAGAGAGAUCUGUACAUUGUGACACAUGUCAUACGAACUGGUCGUAUGCUGUUGAAUGACUCAAAGAAGGGUCUGCCCCACGUGCAGUACAGGAGACCGUACGGCUGUGCUGUCCUGGCCAUGAGUGACGUGUUUCACACCAUCACUGACCUCAAAGAGGAGAAGGACUUUGUACUCAAAGUUUACACAUGUAAUAAUGAGAACGAGUGGUUUCAGAUCCACGAGAACAUCAUACGCAAGUCCAGCACAAAGUACUCAGCCCCUAGCACCAACUAUGGCCUCAUCAUCUCUCUACAGCUGCUGCGGGGGGAGCUGGAUCAGAUCAGGAGGGAGAACCAGGCUGUGUUCAGCAGGGCUCUGGCCAUCACACGCAAACUGGGCUUCCCUGAUGUCAUCAUGCCAGGUGACACUCGUAAUGACCUGUACCUGACCCUGGAGCGAGGGGACUUUGAGAGGGGGGGCAAGAGUGUCCAGAAAAAUAUUGAGGUCACUGUGUAUGUACUUUACGCCGAUGGGGACACACUCAAGGACUGUAUCAGUCUGGGUAGUGGGGAGCCCAACACCAGUGAACACCGGUCUUUUGUCCUGUACCACAACAACAGCCCUCGCUGGAGUGAGAUGAUCAAACUACCCAUCCCCAUAGACCGCUUCAGAGGAUCACACCUGCGCUUUGAGUUCAGACACUGUUCCACUAAAGACAAAGGGGAGAAGAAGCUGUUUGGUUUUGCCUUCACUCCUCUGAUGAGGGAGGAUGGGACCACGCUGUCAGACGAGAGCCAUGAGCUCUAUGUCUAUAAGUGUGAUGAGAAUACAACGUUCAGUAACCAGGGCCUGUACCUGAGCAUGCCCUGCUGUAAAGAGGACUUCAACAGCUGCCCCAACCUGCCCUCCACCCUGCCCUUCCAGAGGAACCCCAAGGAGACCUUCUGGGUCUCCACACAGCUCUGCUCCACCAAGCUCACUCAGAACGUGGACCUCCUGGCUCUGCUGAACUGGAAAGCCCACCCUGACAAGGUGUUAGAUAUCUUGGGUCAACUACGCCACAUCAACGGAGAGGAGAUUGUCAAGUUCCUACGAGAUGUCCUGGAUACACUAUUUUGUCUCCUGGAUGACAACACAGAUAAAUACGGACCACUGGUUUUCCAGUCAUUGGUGUUUAUCAUCAACCUGCUCAGGGACAGUCGUUUCUACCACUUCCGGCCUGUUAUGGAGGCAUACAUACAGAACCACUUUGCAGGAGCUCUGGCCUACAAAGAGCUGAUUCGCUGUCUGAAGUGGUACAUGGACCGCUCUGCUGAGGUUGUCAGACAGGAUCACAUCCAGGAGGCCAUGAGGGCUCUGGAGUACCUGUUGAAGUUUAUCGUCCAGUCUCGGAUCCUGUACUCGCGAGCGACCUGUGGUAUGGAGGAGGAGCUGUUCAGGGCCAGCAUCCAGGAGCUCUUCCAGUCCAUCCGCUUUGUGUUGAGUCUGGACAGCCGCAGCUCAGAGACCCUCGUCUUCACACAGGCGGCGUUAUUGAACAGUUUCCCAGACAUCUUUGACGAGCUGCUGCAGAUGUUCACAGUGCAGGAGGUGGCUGAGUAUGUCCGGGGCACGCUGGGGAGCAUGCCCAGUACGGUGGACAUCGGUCAGUCUAUGGACGUGGUCAAACUGCAGUCUAUCGCCCGCACCGUCGAGAGCAGGCUCUUCUUCUUCCCUGAGUCUCGUAGUAUUUUGCUGCCGGUGGUCCUGCAUCACAUCCACCUGCACCUGCGCCAGCAGAGGGAGCUGCUGAUCUGCUCAGGAAUCCUCACUAGCAUUUUCUCCAUCAUCAAUACCAGUGCUAUGGAGUCUUCUGUUCAGGAGGAGGUAGAGAUGAUGGUGGAGAGCCUGUUGGAUGUUCUGCUCCAGACUCUGUUGUCCAUCAUGUCCAAGUCUCAGUCUCUGGAGACAGCUAGGGGGCAGCGCUGUCCCCAGUGCACGGCUGAGAUCACGGGGGAGUAUGUGUCCACUCUGCUGUCUCUACUUAGACAGAUGACAGAGGUCCACUUCCACCACCUGCUCAACAACUUCCACAGCAAAGAGGAACUCAAGGAGUUCCUGUUGAAGAUCUUCUGUGUGUUCCGGAACCUGAUGAAGCUCACCAUCUUCCCCCGAGACUGGAGUGUCAUGAGGCUUCUGACCAGUCAUGUCAUUGUGGUGACAACACAGUACCUGUCCCCAGCGUUACACAAGAACUUCUCUGAGGCGGAUUUUGACUUCAAGGUGUGGAACUCUUUCUUCAGCCUGACGGUCCUGUACAUCAACCAGCCCAGUCUGCAGCUGGAGCCCCUCACACAGGCCAAGAGGAAGAAAGUCCUGGACAAGUAUGGAGACAUGAGAGUGAUGAUGGCCUAUGAGCUCUUCAGCAUGUGGCAGAAGCUUGGUGAGAAUAAGCCCCACUUUAUCCCUGGAAUGAUGGGUCCAUUCCUGGGAGUGACGCUCGUGCCUCAGAGCGAGGUCCGGAAUAUCAUGAUUCCCAUCUUCCAUGACAUGAUGGACUGGGAGCAGAGGCAGAACGGGAACUUCAAACUGGUGGAAGCAGAGUUGAUGGACAAGCUGGAGAGUAUGGUGUCAGAUGGGAAAGGGGAUGGCAAUCACAGAGAGCUUUUUGGUCUGCUGACCCAGUUGUUUGGGCCUUACCCCAGCCUACUUGAGAAAAUUGAGCAGGAGACGUGGAGAGAGACGGGCAUCUCAUUUGUCACCUCCGUCACGAGACUGAUGGAGCGGCUGCUAGAUUACAGGGAGUGUAUGAAAGGAGAUGAAAUGGAGAACAAGAAAAUUGGUGGCUCUUCCAACCUCAUGAAUUUCUACAAGUCUGAGAUGAACAAGGAGGAGAUGUACAUCCGCUACAUCCACAAGCUGUGUGAUCUGCACCUGCAGGCAGAGGACUACACAGAGGCAGCGUUCACCCUGCUUCUGUACUGGGAACUGCUGCACUGGGAGGACCGCCCCCUCAGAGAGUUCCUCCACUACCCCACACAGAGCGAGUGGCAACGCAAGGAGGGCCUCAGUCGCAAAGUCCUCCACUAUUUCAACAAGGGAAAGUGUUGGGAAUAUGGAAUAUCACUCUGUCGGGAACUGGCUUUCCAGUAUGAAACCUUAUAUGAUUACCAGAGUCUGAGCUGGAUAAGGAAAAUGGAAGCUGCGUACUAUGACAACAUCAUAGAACAGCAGAGGAUUGAACCAGAGUUCUUCAGGAUGGGCUUCUAUGGCAGGAAGUUUCCUUUUUUCCUUAGGAAUAAGGAAUUUGUGUGCCGGGGUUAUGACUAUGAACGACUUGAGGAUUUCCAGCAAAGGAUGCUGGGAGAAUUCCCACAGGCCAUUGCCAUGCAGCACCCCAACCAACCAGAUGACGCCCUCCUACAGAGUGAUGCUCAGUACCUGCAGAUCUAUGCGGUGACCCCAGUGUCAGACAUUACUGAUGUGCCUCAGCUGGAGCGUGUCCCAGAGAGGAUCAAGAGCUUCUACCGCAUCAACAAUGUCACUCGCUUUCACUACGACAGACCCUUCCACAAGGGACCCAAGGACAGGGAGAAUGAGUUCAGAAGCCUGUGGAUUGAGAGAACCACCCUGAUUCUGUCUCGUCCCCUCCCUGGAAUCUCCCGCUGGGCUGAGGUGGAGAGGAGAGAACUGGUGGAGGUGAGCCCUCUGGAGAAUGCCAUCUACGUGGUGGAGAAUAAGACCCAGGAGCUGCGGACUCUGAUCAGCCAGUACCAGCACCGGCAGCACCAUGGCAACAUCAACCCCCUCAGCAUGCUGCUCAACGGGGUCAUAGAUGCUGCAGUCAACGGGGGCAUCGCCAGAUACCAGGAGGCAUUCUUUGAUAAGGAGUACAUCAACAGUCAACCAGAGGACACAGAGAGGAUAGCUCAGCUAAAUGACCUGAUGCAGGAACAGGUUCACAUCCUUGGAGUGGGGCUGGCUGUCCACGAGAAGUUGGUGCACCCAGAAAUGCGUCCUCUGCACAAAAAGCUGAUAGAUCAGUUCCACAUGAUGAGGGCUGGUUUACACCAGUCUUUAUAUGUGGCCCAACAGGGGUUGCCAGCGGCCUACACAGGGGUCAACUCUCCCAGAGGCAUCCUGACCACUCACAGCCACAUGAGCCCAGAGAGCGUUCGUCUGAUACACAGACACAGCCCUAUGAACCUGCAAGGUUCUAUACGCCAGUCCUCCUCCUCCCUCUCUUCUCACACCUCCAGCGAGGCGGGAGGAAACCUGGUCAUCCUGACAGAUGGCCUGAUGGGAGAGCCCCCUGAGGAUACGGCACACAUGCAGGUGUUUAACAUGCACGCAUACACACACACAAGAUUUGUACAUUUUGACGAUACGUGUGUGAACAGAUGUUUUAUUUUCCAGCCAAGCCCUUCCUCCUCCAGUCUGAGCUCCAUUCGCUCCACCUCUUCCCAGAUAAUCAACUCCGCCCCUUCCAGCGCUAGAGGCUCUCCGUCCCUACCGGAUAAAACCAAACACAACCGGGAGGUGAUGAUUCUGCUGCCCCCUCACCAGAGAACUAACAACACCAUGUACUACAGCAUGACUGACAACGGACAGAGCAACAAUCUGCAGCGUGCCUUACUCCAACAAGUGAGCCCCUGUAAGCCAUGCAUUGAUCCUCACAUGGGCUUGCCAGAGAAAGUGUUCCCUAGUGCCCCCAGCAGCUGGAGUCUAGAUGGGGAGGGUAGGGAGACAGUGCCCUACAUCCAGGGACCUACAGGGGGUGUUAUCAUGCCCCCCGUCCCGCCCAGGUCCUUCCCACCAGGUCACUUCCUGAUGCACUUUGAUGCGUUCCACCACCAGAACAGUGACCCACCCCCAGCACUGCCCAUUCGCUCUCUCAGAAAGUCUCCUCUCCACCCCAUACCAGGCUCCCCUACCAGUCCUCAGUCAGCCCUGGGGGGCAGUAACUCCACCCUCUCGGGCAGUGCCAGCAGUGGCGUCUCCUCUCUGAGUGAGAGUAACUUUGUGGGCCAGUACCCUGAUCCCCCUGUGCGAAAUGAUGCCAUGGAGCCCGUCCCCAGCCACCUGUGGACCCCUGAAGAGUACCUGGACUCUCCUUACCUCCACAUCCACUACAGCGGGCCAGAAGCAGAGUCCCUCGACCAGGUCCGACCCUUCCACUACCGCAACCCUGUCUCACACCUCCACCCUCACUCCCACCCCCAGUCUCAUUCCCAAACAGCCGGCCUCGACGGUCACCCCCACCCUCACUCCCACUCCCAGUCUCACCCCCAACCGGCCGGCCUCGACGGUCACCCCCACCCUCACUCCCAUGGGCCCACCCACCACCAGAUACCACUCCACGGCCCCCACCGCAUUCCUUACCGGCGCCCCCAACCCCCGGCUGUGCCCCCCAAGCCCUACCUGAGGGAGGGGUGCAUCCCUGAGGAGGACCUGAGCUCUCUGUUGCCCCAGCCCAUCCCCCUGCCUCGGAGGAUCUUCCACUCCCCCCAUAGCCACAGAGAGGAGCAAGCCAAGGCUGCAUGGGAGCAGUGCAUCAGCGAGGAACACGAGGAGACACCAUGAGGAGACCAUCUUUGGCUUCAUCUCAAUAGUCUAUUAUAGUAUAGUACUAAAGUGCUGGGCCUCUUGGAGAUUUCAGUCACCUCGGUGCAUCUAAAUAGUCUAAAGUGACUCCCUCCCCCCUGUCUCCUUUCCUUCAGCUCCAUUGAUGUGAAAGAUCAUGGGCUGUGGAAUCAUGCAAAUACAUUGUAAUCAUUGACCAUAUUGCUUUCAUCCAUCCCAUGUUUUCAUAUCAGUGCAGGUAAAGGGGAGGGAACAAGGAGAGGAAUCCACUUUAGACUAUUGAGAUACGCCCUCAAUCUUCUCACUGUAUUCAGACGGUCUGAUUCUGAAUGGAGGAAGCAGCCUCAUAGGAAUUAAUAAGGGAAAUAUUAUCUGUUGGACAAUGUGACCGAUAAUAAUGACUUUGUUUAAAUUAAUAUUGAUUGUACACUCUUCUACAACUAGUAUGUGAGCAUGUUUAGUUUAUUUUCAUUUGAGAACAAUAUACAGCCGUUUUGUGAAACAUGACGAUCUCGAUCAACAUGAUCAAACGAUACAAACUCCGAAAGGACCCCCCCCUUUUCCACAACAAAAGGCAACUACAGAAAGUUAUAUUCUUAGUAAAGUGAUGUUGUCUUUUCUGCUUUCAAUGCUACAUAUAUCUAACCUAUUAAUUUGAUAGCUUUGCUACAGUAUGUAUGGGGUUUUCAAGUACACUUUCCAUGCUCUUAUUUUUCUCUUUUUUUUUUACAAAACACUGUUUAGUCCUUCGCCAUAUGGCAUUCUCCCAUACUCUGUUCUGAUACUUGGUUCUCAUUGAAAGCAAGUCUGUUAUUUGACCUGGGUCGCUCUUCUCAACCCAAACCUCAAAGGACAUAUAAACCUCAGUUUAGGAGUAUUCAUCCAUACGGUACGUAUGGAAAACCAAUGUGAAUGUAUUUAAACAAGAUGUGCUAUUUGUAUUACACAAGUGGCAGGUCUUAUUUUCUGUUAAUGUGCUUUUAUAUUUAAGUUAUGUAUCUAUUCCAGUCUUCUAAUCUUUUGUGUACCAGAUAGAAAUAUCUCAUGAGAGGAGCAUGAGUGUUCUCUGACUGACAGAUCGGAUCAAUCCUUGGGAGGGGUACAAGGAAGGGGUGAAAUUGUCAGGUGCUGGAACAACAGUGAGUUCCAAUUUCAGUUGCACAGGUUGAGCUGGAUCCAAUAGGACUGGAUUGAUCCCUGAAAGUAGAUGGUGAUGGAGACUAAGAUGCGGUAAAAUGAGAAGUAACGAAGAAUAAUGAAGAAUAAUGACUUAACAGUACCUCAAUCACCUAUUGGACUAACUAUACUCAGAAAACCAGUAUCACACCCUCUCUCUGCCUCUAUAUGUUUCAGGCCAAUGUCAACCAACAAGUACUAAAUAUGGACCGUGUGUAAAUGGACUGAUGGCAAUGCCAUUGCUUCUGUCUGAUUUCCAGUACAACUUACCUGUUUUAAUCACCCCCACACCCUCUGCACACCUCCCUCCGCCCACCUGCCUUAAGUGCACUGAAUUGCAGUAUCAAUCUCUCGCUCAGACAACUCACUUGACUGGUUCUGAGAAACUCGUGAAAAUGACAGUUCUCCUUUCUCGUCACUUUCUCAACACUCUCCGAACAAAGCAGAUAAUAUCAACGUGUGACAUCUGUUUCGUCCUGCCUUGGUUGACGAUGUGGUGCUACAGUAAUACGUUCUGCCUGCAUCUCCUCUUCACCCUGAUCUGCAAUAUGGACAUGUUUGUGUAUAGAAGAUUAGUAUGAGUAGCUCAGACAGGACCAUGAGUUUGAUCUCCUUGGGGAAUGAAGGUACAACAGACAGUUAGUUAGCUGUAACGUGUAACUCACCACCAGUGGGUUGGAAAGUGGAGGUCAGUGUUCCAACGACAGUUUUUUGUUUCACACAGUCCUUUUCUGCAGGUAAAUGCUUGGUUUUGUGUUCUUGUAAAUCAGGUUCUCCACUGAUCAGACAACAUCUAUUUUUGUAUGCAGGUUCAUCAGUGUUGACGUUUUUCACUGAUGUACCAUGAAAGGAUGCAGGGUAUGUUUAGCAGUGGAAUUAGUAUGGAACAGCACAGCUAUAGAUUAAAUAAGAUGAAUAUCAGGUGUGGGGGGAGGGCAAGCUGAUGUUGAGAGGUGUGAUACUCAGAUCAAAUAUAGGUACAAUAGAAUUUUUCAAUGUAAAUUCUGUUACUGUACAUACAGCGGUAUUGUGAAAUAUUUUUUGGGAAUUAUUGCAGACCCCCCUAAAAUAAUUGUAUUGUUGUUUUGUGUAAAUACAUGUACUCCAGAAAUGGAUAGAAUUGAUGAAUACCUAUAAUCAAUGUUUAAAGAAGACUGUGGUGUGUCUGCAAUGUUGACUUCAAAUCUUCAAAUAUAAAUACUUUAUACACUUUUCAAUGUGCUUUCUUGUACAUAUGGUGUUAGCAUGAUCAAACAGUGUUUGGUUGUAAAAGUGGUUUGCCUACUCCCAUAACUGCUGUGGUAUGGAUUCAUUAACAAUGCCAAACAUUAAAGACAAUCUUUUAUCA